AGGGCCCUGCUGGGGAGAAAGUGCUGAGCUCUCCCACUGCUGGGAUCGCCCAGCCCCAGGCCAUCCAAGGCCGGAGGUUGUUUGCAGCCCGGGAACGUUUCUCCACCCUCGCUCUGCGCGGCUUUUCAGAGCCUUACGGCGCCCUCCUCCCGCCCCCGCGCCACGCGGGCGGGGACCCACGGGUUCCGCACAGCCUCAGCAGCCCGAAAUCAGGACCCCCGGAGCGGGACCCGAGCGUCCGCGCGGCCGCCCGGCCCUGUUCUGGCUCGGUCCCGAAUGGAGGGGACCGUGGAGUCCCAGACGCCUGAUCUGCGGGACGUGGAGGGCAAGGUGGGCAGGAAGACCCCCGAAGGGCUGCUCCGCGGGCUUCGAGGAGACUGGGAGCUCGAACUCUCUGGUGUCCUGCUGCCCCCGGGGGCUCCUGGCACCAGCCACGGCCUGGGGGACAAGAUCGUGGCGCUGAGGAUGGAGCUGGCUUCCCUGCGAGCCAUCGACGUGAAGAUCCUGCAGCAGCUGGUGACCUUGAAUGAGGGCAUCGAGGCAGUGCGCUGGCUGCUGGAGGAGCGGGGAACGUUGACCAGCCACUGCAGUAGCCUCACCAGCAGCCAAUAUAGCCUGACGGGCGGGAGCCCGGGCUGCUCAAGGCGGGGCAGCUGGGACAGCCUGCCAGACACCAACUCCACUGACCGACUGGACAGUGUCUCUAUUGGCAGCUUCUUGGACACCGUGGCCCCCAGAGAACCAGACGAACAGGGACCCCCUGGGGCUCCCUGUCCCGAGAUGGACUGGGCAAAGGUUAUACCUGGGCGAGAAACUGUCAGAGGCCUCCACCUACGGCUCUCAAGUCUGCUUGCCCACUCUGCCACAGACCUCUGUUUUCCCCUGUUCCGGGCCUGCCCUGUUUCUGUAUUCUGACUUCAUAUCUCCUGCUAUGAAGGUUCGGUUUCUGUGCCUUUGUAACUUCUUUUCCUCUUCUCCCUUCAGUCCUUUAAUAUGCAGAUGAGUCCUGGCCUCACCCCACUGCAGAUGGGAGCUGGAGAGGGAGAAACUUGAGGUCUCAAGGCUCUGAGAUUAUUCCAGAAUCUUGGAUGCUGGGGAGGUGUUAUCUUCUCUGAGUCUGUGAUUACCCUUCCCCCACCCUGUCCACCUUCCACCAUUUGGUCACAGGGACGCCUGCCUGCAGUUGGGACAACAAGGAACCCCCUUGUCUGGGCUACAGUGUGGGCGUGUGACAGGAAAAGACAGAGUCUCUUUUGGUCCUGCCCAUAGGGACAGGCAAGGGAAAGUUCUUCCUUGCUCUCUUACAGCUGGCCCUUCACUCCUGGGACCUAAGAAGGGAGCAGGGGACCACCUCUGGGUCUGUGUCCCACAGUCCUAGCUAAUUACACCAAAGAUAGAAUUCAGGGAAACUGCCAACCUGGGGCUCCAGGAGGGGACGUCCCAGAGAGUGGGGGGCUGGGCUCUGGCUGAUGUCAGAAUGAAUUCUUGAAAAUUAACCUUCUGAACCUCAGGUAAUCAUCGCUAUUUUUGUUGGCCCUGUCUUUCCUGGACUCUAAAAUUAGAUUACUAGAGGGGGGGGGAAGGAGGGAAUAAGGAUGAUCUUUGGUUGUUCAGUGUGCUAAGUUGGAAGAGUCUUUGCCAAAUUCUAGAGUAGCUGCCAUUUCUUUACUUUGUAUUUUAUGUUGUGGAAGGGAAGGAAGCCAGGCUGAUCACCUCUGCCUUCCCCAAUACUACUUUCUCUAGUGCUGUGGAGCACCUUCCACCCUGGUCCUUCUGAAGCAAUCCAUUCCUUCCAUGGUUCUCCCAUAACAACCCACUUGCCAUCCUAACGGAGUGUUUUAAAUCUCCAAAGUAUCCUCUCAGCACCUUCUUUACUCUCUACCAUCCCUGUCCUUACCUUUUCCUGGGGCUCCUGACUUCCCCUCAGACUAGGAAUUAAAGUACUGCACCUAUUCCAAUCCCUACUCUGUAGCCAUUUUGUAGUGUGCCCUUGGGAAUCACCCUUCCUCUUGGAAGCCAUUGUAUUUCUUAUGGAGGCGUCAUCUAGUCCACCAAUUUCUGGGUGAAGAGGUUGCCUGCCCCCUUGUGGCCAUUAUGCGCCAUUGCUGUGAGUACUGAGUAGAACCUCCGAGGGCAAAUAAACUAGUAUAAUCUUUCAGAUAAACUAGUAUAAUCUUUCAGACCAGCUGAGGUCACCAGUACAUACAUAGGCUAGUGUCACCCAUUGUAAAACUGUGGCAAAGCGCAGAUUGCUUGCCUGCACACCCACAGAACUGCCAUUUGACCACACUUUCCAGUCAAUGUCCCCAAAGCUCAAACUGGAAACACUUUUGUCAUUACAACAUUUGGCCCUAUCAGUUUCCCACCCUAAAGAGACAGCCCAGUCUUAGAGAAAAAGCAACAGGCUCUGAGGAGAACUCUGGGCCUGAGAGGGUAAAGGGUGUACCAGCCUGCACAUCAGCUAGGAGAAAAAUCAAUCCUGGGCCAACCAUUUUUUUUCUGAGACGGGAGGGAAAGUAGGUUCCAACCUCAAGGGGAAAAGUCAUUCUUUCAGACCUGGAUAUUAGAAGCAGGGUGGAAUGGGAGAGCAGUCAGACUGGGAAAAGCAGUAGAUCUUGUAGAGGGAGGGGUGCACUACAGGCCAGGGGCUGUAGGUUGAGUGGGCAGGCACUGGAGAGUGAGAGUGCUGAGGGGCUGGAGGGAGAGCUGGGCCAAGUGAGGCUUCCUGGAGACUCUGGGUCUUCAUACCUUUGACUCCAGCUCCCCAUCAGAGAAGCCUAAGAACGCCAAAAAACGUGCAGUCCCGGUCCCUGCUACCUGCCUGUUAACUGGCUGGUUGAGGCUCAGCUGUUAGGUUUGAUAUUUCUGGGUUACAGGGGAGCUGUUGGGGAGCUCAGAGAACAAGGGAGGAAAAGGAUGAGAGAUGGAGAAGCAGGAAAGACGAAAACUGCUGCUGAAAGUAUGAGAGGGAGCAUGCUGCUCUCCGGGUGUGUGGGGAGCAUUUAUUAGGGUUCGGGGUGAAGGCAGAGAUGAGGCUGCUUGUGACAGCUGCUAACACAUCCCCUGGGAAAAUACUCGGGACCAUCCAGGCCCAUGAGAGCAGGCGAGUGGGCAGGGCUAAGAACCUGCACUUGGGACACCUGGGGUUGUCAUGGACACAAGGCCAUUGUGCGCAAGGCGCCAGCCAUACACUGGGCAUUCAGUUAUACCUGUUCAGUGACAGUGGAGAAGCCCAUAAGGAAAUGUGACUUACAAAAACCACCAUUUGCUAUUUACAGACUCAGUAAUUUAAAAGUCUAUUUAAUUCUUAGCAACCCUAUAUAUAAUACAUUGUUGACAAUGUGUUGUUCUUAGAAAAUUUGCUCAAGGUCGGGUAACAGAUGAGCCAUACUAUGGACUGGGGUCAGUGUGAUUGCAGGGACUCCUAGGAAGUCAUCUCUGGUUUCCUGCCACACCCUUCAUACUCACACAUAGCUUUUUCACGUAAGACAAUAAGUUAGUGCUGCCCGGGAGUAGAGGCAGUCUGGUAAUUUCUUGUUGCUGCUGUGACAAGUUACCACAAAUUUAGUGGCUUGAAAAUUACAUGUGUUAUAGCCCUGGAGGUCAGAAGCCUGAAAUCAGCUUCCCUGGCUGAGGUGGAAGCGUUGUCAGUCUGUGUCCCUUCAGGAGAACGUAGGAAGAAUCUGCUUGUCUUUCCACUUUCUAGAGUCCGCUUGCAUUCCUUGAUUCCUGCCUCCUGCAUCUUUUUUCCCCCUCAGCACUGGGGAUUGGACCCAGGACCUUUGUACUGAGAAACAUCCCUGGC